GCUCAGACGAGAGUUACUUCCGCCGUCAUCGAGAGGAAGUCUGUUGCUCUGGUUGUUCCUAGCCGAGUCUUUCUGCUCCACACCUAAAAAACAAACGAACAAAAAACAAUGCAUUGCAGGAAUUAGCUGCAUGUUUUUGUGGCAACGUUGGCAACAGUUUUCCAAAUGAUUUUUGGUCUGGUCUGUUAGUGUGUGUUUGAAAGUAUUGAUUUAUAAUCAUGGCUGCGUAAGAAAGUAAUCAGAGUCAGACCAAACUACUCGAUUUGUAGAUUUGCAGCAUAAAUAGCUUUAGCUCGUAGUAAAAGACUGUGCAAACACUGGAUGAUAUGCUAACUUAAAAAAACCACGACCCUGCUUAGCAUGAUAUUGUAAGUUCUGCAGUGAGUUACCUGAAGGAGCAGGAAAGACUGAAAACGACGUCGAGGUGUUUUUGCCCCACACACGUGGACAGACGUGCAGCAUAAUGGAGCGUGUUAACGACUACUUAUCUAAAUACAAGGGAUAUAUUUUUGCAAAAGGUGAAGCCACUGCGGAGUACAUAGACUCCCUGCAACAGUUUGAGAUUCGUGACAGUGAUGUUUUUUUGGUGACAUACCCCAAGUCAGGUACAAUAUGGGCGCAGAACAUCAUAAAUUUAGUUUGUGAGGACUCAUUUACAGAAAAAACGAAAUAUUCCAACAAUCUUGAGCAGAUGCCAUGGUUAGAGUACCUUGAAGGCCGAGCUGAUUAUUCUCUGCGUCCGUCUCCACGACUAUUUGCCACUCAUCUCAUACCUAGACUGAUGCCACAAGGCUUAAAAAACAAGAAAGGAAAGAUUAUAUACGUGAGAAGAAAUCCAAAAGACAACGCAGUGUCAUAUUUCCACUUUUCCCACGUCUGGGCCAAAACUGAGACCCCGAAGAGCUUUGAAGACUUUCUGCAGCAGUAUUUAGCAGGAAACGUUGGCGGUUCGUCUUGGUUUGAUCACGUCAAAGAAUGGUACAACGAAAGAGAGAACUACGACAUACUUUUCCUGUCAUACGAGGACAUGAUCAUUGAUCUCAGGACGGCAGUUGAAAAAGUCAGCAGAUUCUUGGGGAAAAAUCUUACUGCUGCUGCUAUCGCAUGUAUUACGGAAAAGGCCACGUUUAAAAACAUGAAGCAGGACCCCAAGGCCAACUAUGAAUUUCUCCCCAACACUUUGCUACUCAAGCCUCAAUUCUUGCGCAAAGGCACUGUAGGAGAUUGGAAAAACACAUUCACCGUGGCACAAAACGAGAUGUUUGACCAGAUAUUUGAAGAAAGAAUGAAAAACGUACCACUGCACUUCAUCUUUGAUUUAGACACCAAAACAAACCAGUAGUCACAUAAAUUACAAAAGCGUUGUUUGUCUUGUGGACAUUAAGAUGUUUUACUGGGAUAUCUAAAUGUCCACAGAAAAGUGUCAUUUUGUGGAGAUCAAUUGGCAAUGGAAAAGUCCUUUUACUUAACAAUUUGAGCUAGUUUCUGACUAAAGCAUUACUAAAAUCCACAUAUGUGAUCCUUGACCAAAAAACAGUUCUUAUAUUGCACGUGUGUCGUCAUCCUACAUCUCAAAAUGAUGCAUUUUUCUUUUAUGCCAAAAAUGAUUAGAAUGUGUCUGUCUCAAAACUAUCUUUAAAAAAACUUUUGGUUAGAAAUGUAAAUUCAACGUUUCAUUUGUACAAUUUCAAAGGCGGCUUUUCUAAGUAUUGGGAAGUUUUUUU